AUGUCUGUCACAGAUGGUCCGAGUACCACUGUCGGAUUUAGCAACAAACCCUUCAGCCCACUGUGUGACAUAGUAUCUGCUACAGCAGUUAACAGUACCACCUCUCAAAAUACGUCCAUUUCAGCCGGCGCAACAGAACAAAUAUAUGCACUGAGUGAACAGGAUCCCACGGAAUCCGCCACCACCACUCCAACAACUGGAAAAGAAGACCACGCCCAGUUACUCACUCAACUCUGCCAGCUCAACGUUUCCCUCUUCCAACACCCACUCCACCACGACAAAGCCAGGAAUAACGAAACAGCAACUAGGAAUACCCCAUCCCACACGGGCAUUCAACCACCAUUUUCCCUCUCUGACCUACGCACCGGAGACCUCUUCCAGUUGACCUGCCGUCUUAAAGAUAUCGUGACACAGCUCCGGGCCGAGGACACCGAGUCCAUCUCAACAACACAAGGACCAACAAAACACUACGACCGGUCUACUGCGUUAAUGGUGCUGAGUUGUUACACCCGGCUAGAGAUCCUCUACUCCCGGGCUGUGGAGAUUUUAACGGGUGCUCGUGGCAGUGAGAGCAACAACAUAGUCACGGACAACAUUAACAACAACCACCGCCCUCCCAAUAGUCACGAAUCACCCACCGGGACGGCGGCAAUAAUGCCCGAACUGGUGAUUGACGGUUUCUCCAUGGGCCAGUGUCUGGACCUGCAGUUGGGUAUGCUCAUUCAGCUGCAUGAGACGGCGCGGGACAAGUUGAGGAUAUGUAUUAAGACUGCGGAGCGGACGAAUCUGUACGGACGGGACAGCGUGGGGAGGGUGGGUGCGGUGCGAACAUGA